UGUAAUGUAAUGGCGUAGUACACGUGUUUUGUUUGUUUACAAUCAGAAGCAAGAAAAGUUAAAUUUUUGAGACACAGACAGGCUGUCCACGAUGGAUCAAGCUCCUGGUAGUUCAAAGCGAAACGAUGAAUCCCACAGCAUAUACAGCAAAAUUACAACGGAAUUUCAAAAUAACAUUAUCAAAGAAACACUAAGAAUAUCGUAUAAGGACACAAAAACGAAGAUCACAGAGGAAGCACUGGAACUAGUCAAAGAAGUUACCAGAGCUAUGGUAGUUGAAGCCGCGAUGCGAGCAGCAAAAGAGGCGUUUUCCGAGAAUAAGACAACUGUAAAUGUGAAUCAUGUUGAAAAUAUGAUUCUUCAAAUGAUGCUGGAUUUUCCUUAGCAAAGCCGCAAGAGGGCAGACACAAAUUAAGCUUGCAACCUUAUAGUUAAAUAUUAUGUAUUUAUAGUUAAUUAAUAAUUCAGUUGUACAAUAAUAAACAAUUUCGUAUUCAACUUUAAA